AUGUUGGGAAGUAUCGCUACUGUCACAAGAUCUGGCGCUGUUGCUAAGCAAUUAGCUGCUAAAUCUUUUUCUUCUACUCGAGCUCUUUCUGGCUCUGCUGCCAGAUAUAUUAGCAAACCUCCAGGUGCCGGCGACCUGCCCCCAAUGGUCUUUGAGGGAAGACCAAUUAAAGAGCCCAAGCAACCUAAAGAGGAAGCAAAGUCACAAUCAUCUGCUGCUCCUCCUCCUCCUCCUCCUCCCCAGGUCAAGCCUCCCAAAAAGACCCACCGUUUCCGAAAUUUCAUUCUCUAUACUUUAGGCUUAACUACUAUUGCUUAUGGUGGUGCUGUUUACUACUCAUUGGAUGACGAUGCUUUCCGUGAUUUAUUCACUGAGAAUGUUCCCUUUGCUGAGGACAUUAUUUACUUCCUUGAGGAACAACGCUUCAAGAGACGCUUUUCCAAUUCACUUCCCACAAUUGCAUCUUUCCCAUCUUCUUCCGAUUCUUCCCCCUCUUCAAUUACUUCCAGUAAAACUACGGCAACUCAGUCUCGCGCUUCUGGUGCUUCAACUACUUGGAAGCCCCCUGUUGAUGACCACGAUGUUGCUCCCGGCGCUGCUAGCAUUCUUAAAAAUGCUAACAACAAGCAGCAACAAAAGCCCGCGUCUUCCGAAACGUCUUCAAUUGCCUCAGCUCCCACAGAAGCUACCAGUGCUUCGACUCCUUCCUCUUCCUUAUCUUCAUCUGCGGUUAAGCCUUCUCUCCCUUUGAUUAGUGUUCCUUCUGGUGCCGACCCUGCUGUUUCAAAGUCUAUUGAGCGUCUUAAUGCCUUCAUUGAAGUCGUCAACGAGGCAAAGGCAAGCUCAGCCGAUGUUGAAGCUAUUUCCAAUGAACUCCAUGCUCUUUCCACCUCAAUUGAUUCGAUUAAGGCAACUACUGCUGCUGAAGCCAAAAAGCUUGCUGCUACUGAUAUUGCAAAGUCUGAGCAUCGUCUUGAAUCGAGUAUUAAUGAGCUUAAGACUGCUGUCAGUGCUCAAGAGGAAAAAUGGGCUCGUGAAUUCCAUGAUGAGACCAAACGUCUUGCACAAGCUUACAACGAGCGCUUACAAAACGAAGUCAAUGCUGCUAAUCGUGUUAUUUUUGCUCAUGCUAAUAAUCAGUUAUUGGCAGUGCAUGCUGCACGUGAACGUGAGUUUGCAAAGCAAGUUGUUGAACGUGUUGAAACUGAGCGUGAAGGCCGCCUGUCUAACUUGAAGGAGCUUGCUGCUGAGGUUUCUAAUGUACAAGAACUUGUUGCUAAGACUGACAAAGCCGUUUCUGAUGCCGACCGUGCGGCCAAACUUCAAUUUUCCAUCACUAAACUGCGGCUCGCUCUUGCUCAAGAUGAGCCCGUGCCUUUGGCUCCAUACUUUGCUGCAGUAGAAAAGCUGACAAUUGACGAAACAAACUCUAAAGAUACGCUAUUGGGUGCUGUUGUGGCUGCCGUACCCCAAGAGGCGCUGGAGCAAGGUGUUUUGUCGCCAGCUCAACUUGCUGCGCGCUUCCACCUUUUGGAACCUGAAAUUCGUAAAGCGUCUCUGUUACCACCUAACGCUGGUAUAGCUGGCCAUAUUGGAUCACUUGUCUUCUCUAAACUUCUUUGGAAGAAGGAAGGUAAUCCUACUGGCGAUGAUGUUGAGGCUAUCCUUGCUCGUGCAAACACUGCUCUUUCUGAGGGGCGCACUACUGAUGCCGUGGCCGAAGUCAAUACCCUUAAGGGCUGGCCCAAGCGUCUUGCUUCUGAUUGGCUUUCCGAAGGUCGUAAGCGCUCUGAGGUUGAGUUUCUCACUGACCUGCUUGUUGAGGAAGGCAAGCUUUGGUUGUAA